AUGUCAACCAAAGAGGUAGUCCAGAUUGAAUUCUCCGAAGUUAUUAAGCAGGACAAGUCCUUAUUUUCCAAAUUUGAGGAAGCAUAUGGAAAUGAAGGCAUCGGUGCAUUGGUGGUGAACAAUAUCCCUGAUUUCCCUCAGAAGAGAAAGAGACUCCUCCCUUACGCACAGAUGCUGACUAAGCUUGACAAGGACACCCUUGAAACUCUUGAAGCUCCUGAGUUGUUUUACUCUAACGGAUGGUCUCAUGGGCGUGAAAAGUUCCAAGGCAAACCAGAUUUGCUAAAAGCCAGCUAUUACGCAUGACCAAUUUCAGAUAAGUUCCAAAUGGUCUAUAAUGAAGGAGAUAUCAGAGACUGCAAGAAUAGAUGGCCUGAAGAGGGCGUCCUUGAUGGCUUCGAAGAUGCCUUCAAAGAUCUUGGCAGAUACAUCAAUCUCGUCGGAAUAGAGAUCGCAAAAAAUCUGGAUAAAUAUAUUAAAGCCAACUGUCCUAAAUAUCAAGAUGGACAGAUAGAGAAACAUCUUCGGGAGUCCACAAGAACGACUGGAAGACUUCUACACUACUUCCCUGUUAGUGAAGAUAUUGAUAUCACAGAUAUGAAGUGGUGUGGAUGGCACAAUGACCACGGAACUCUCACUGGCUUAUGCUCAGCCAUGUACCUUGAUGAAAACUUUAACGAGAUUUCACCAGACACUAUCGAAGAUGAUGACUCAGGGCUCUUCGCUAUGACAAGAAACCACGAGGAAGUGAAGAUCAAGAUUCCUCAAAAUUCUUUGGCUUUUCAAAUUGGUGAGUGCUCCCAAAUAGUCAGCGGUGGAUUACUCUGCGCCACUCCUCACAGUGUGGUGAGCAAGCCUAGUACCGAUGGCAUUUCAAGAAACACGUUUGCUUUAUUCCUCGAGCCAAAUCCUUUUGAAGAUCUUAAAAUUCCUGAAGGAACGGAUGCUGGAUAUGUCUACAAAGAAGACCCCACCAACCAAGUCCCCCUGAUGCAUAAUAGAUGGAAGGAAGGAUAUAGCUUUGGCAAAUUCGAAUUCAAAACCUUCCAAAUGUAUUAUGAGAACAACAAAUAA